AUGGCUCCGACAUUGAAUGGGCAAUACCAUUGGGUGUCCAAAUUUGCGCCUCCAAGUGCUCAAAGAAUCCUGAGCUUCAUGACUGGCUGGCGUUGUGUGCUGGGAUGGCAAGUCAAUAUCGCCAGUGGCGGAUACCUCGUCGCGGUCCAAAUUCUGGGCAUAAUGAUCCUCAACGACCCUAGCUACGUCUUCGAGAGAUGGCACGGGACUUUCCUCAUCAUUGUAGCUGCCGCCGUUGCCAUCUCAUUCAACACUUUCUUUGCGAAGAGAUUGCCCUUGGUUGAAGGGCUGAUGCUGUUCAUCCACGUUUGUGGCUUCUUCGCCAUCCUUAUCCCACUCUGGGUCCUUGCUCCCAAGAAGAAACUCGCGAGACUUGUUUUCACUGAGUUCCAAAUUAAUGGUGGCUGGCCUAGCUUGGGGCUCUCUUGUCUGAUUGAAAUCACUGGUCUAGUGUACUCACUAACUGGACCUAAUUCGGCCAUGCAUAUGUAUAUCAGAGAUGCCUCGCCGGUGCUUCCCCUAGGAAUGAUGCGGACAGUCUUGCUCAUGCCAAGCGUCGAACCAGGCUGGGACGUCCUCCUCAACGCCAUCUCCGUCUCGUUCGUCUUAACCUGCCUACUCUCCUUCAUGAACAUUGGCGGCUCAGUCGUCUUCAACGCCAGUUUUUCCCUCACCGUGGCUGCUUUCCUCUCCUCCUACAUCACAUACAAUUUCUACAUCAUACUCAAACGUUGGAGAGGUAAAGCUCUCCGAAACCCGUCGGUGGAGCUUGGAAGGUAG